GUUAUUUUUAAGCAUUGACCUAAGAUUUGUACGUGCCCAUACGACGCUUACAAGUCUGUCUUUAGUAGGCGUUUUGAUGCUGUUCUUAUUCGGUUCUUGUUUUGGUUUUACUUUAUUCGCAACCGUGCGGACUCUAAGACAUUGACAUUAUGGCGCCUUCUGAAGAGGGACCGAACUUGCUUGACCAGCUUUUGGGAAUCAAUCCCGUGGCGGCUACAGCAGCCUCUAGUGCCUCGCAGCAAGGUGUAGUUUCUAAUUAUCCCUCUGCUCCGGCGGCCAGCACGACGGCGACCAACCCGUAUUCUGCGGCAGCCACGUCGCCUGCCCCGGCGUCCGCGAAAGCCACGGGAGGUGGACCUGCGUAUAAUACUCCGCAAGCAGGAGUUCUUGGAACAUCAUCAAGCCAAUUCUCGUCCUAUCCGUCCGUGCAACAACCCGGCGCGGUAUCUUCUGGUGCGACCCCGCGACCCCCGGAUGCGCCACGCACGACGACCCCACGCCCUGUCAUGGGCGGAGGUAGCAGCACUGCGGCUGCAGCGCAGGGACCUGCAGGCCAACAAAAUGGUGCCAGUAGUAGAGACACACAACUCGGCGGCGCGGGCGCGGCCGCCCAGGUACCACCCGUGAAUCUAGCGCCGAUUACAUCAACAGGUCCGAGUUCUUCGGUUCCUGGCCCACCUGCAUACACAACAAUGUCAUCCGCGCCGGCCGCACCAGCACCCGGACAGGGGAUCAUGGGAUUGCCCUCCGGUCCGCAGCAGCAAGUAGGAGCCCCAGGAGUACUUUUUCCUCCCCCACCUUCAGAGCAGCAAUCCCAAAUCCGCCCGACGAUCCUGCCGCAAAACGUCAACACUAACCGUAAGUCCACCGUUAUCCAAGAAAAAAACUGUGUAAGUGUAAAUUUGUGUUGCAGAAACUGCAAAACUGUUUCACUUGUCAUGCUGGACAUGCAUCAGACUCAGAGGCAAUUUUCUUUUUCGUGCGUGUUUUCACAUACUAGCUAUGCAUGACAAGUUUUCUGUGUCAUGCAGAAACUUGUGUGCUGUUCCUCCAAGAAACUUACACUUAUAGAUACAUAUACAGUUAUUUUUUCCCUCGAUAAUCGUGGAUCAACUCCCCUUUCUUCACAUCGAGUCGACCACCAACUCCCCCACCGUCGAGAACAAGAAGCGCGGCUUAUCAAAAGGAAAAAUCCCCCCUCCCCAUAUCGAAAACCACAUGUGUGUUGCUGUAUUUGAGUACACAAAUCACAUUUGUCUUGCAGUAAAGGACUGCACGCAGAUCGUACGCCAGAGGGGGGGCCUCUUGGUGUAGGGACCUAGCAUGGCAGACGUCAGCCCUAUAGGCCUUGCAGCAUUACAAAUUGCCUGCAUAUCGUGGCGGAGUCUCUGAAUUUGCCCUCUUGCAAGAGAGACAGGAUUUGUGCCCACGAAUCAGCAUCACAAAUUUUUAGAGCCGUGCCCUUUCAGUAUGGGGAGGGGGGAUGUUUCCGCUUGAUGCGGCUUGCUCUUCCAAAACCAGGUGGAUGGGAACGCUGGCAAGCCGAUACCCGAGCAGGUCGCCGCGGUGCAGAAACUGGCGAACAGCAAGGUGCGGGCACUGAUGACGAGUGUGGACAAGUUGAAGAAGGAGAAUCUGGAGCUGAAGAAGUCCUCGCAAGAGCACAAGCGGACAAACGUGAUCAAGCAGUUGCAGGAGGAGCUGGGGAAGCAGGACGCGAUUAUCGGGGGGCUGUUGAAGAAAAUUGCGGGGGACUACAGUACGAACGGCGAGCAGAAGAAGUUGCUCGACGCGGUGCUGAAGGAGAACGACCAGAAAGCGCGGGCGCCGGCGCGGGUCAAAAUUUUGUCAAGGACGGAGCUGCAGUUCGAGUCGGAACGGUUCAAGAACGAGCUGAACAGGGAGAAGCACGACCGCAUCCAGCUGGAGAAGCAGUUGGAAUUGCUGCAGCAGCAGCUGAAAAAGGAGAAAUACGUGUCCCAGAUGCUGUAUCCACUGCAAAAGUAUCGUACUCGUAUGAAUUGCUAUUGCAGGUAUGCAUGACAAAUCUGGCUUUCUACCCAAAUCUGCAUUACAAAUGCCAAUUUUGUUCCUGAUAAAAUUUGUCAUGCGAUUUAUUCUAGUACGAUACUUUUGCAAUGCAUAUGCUGGAGCAGCAGAUGUCGGCCGCCGUCGAGGACAUGCAGGACGUGGUGAUUCGGAAGGAGCAGAUGCACAGCGAGAAGGUGGAACUCGAGUAUCACACAGAAAAAAACUGGCAGGUCACAUUUGUAAUGCAAAAAUAAAUACACAAAAAAAUCUGUAUUGCGUAUCCUAAAUAGCAUGCUAUGAGGCCGCCCAUGACAAGUUUUUCUGUGUAUUUAUUUUUGCAUUACAAAUAUCAAUAUGCCCUGCCAGCUUUUUUCUCUGGGAUAUCGAGCUGAAGCUGAAGAAGGAAUACGAAACCACCAUUCAGCUCCUCGCCACGGAGUGCGAAGCAAGCAAGCUGCGGGUCGAAGAACUCGAGCAACUGCACUCGGAUAUCCUUGGUGGAAAGUCGUACAAGCCUCCUUGUUCCAAAUACUUCACUAGAUCGCAUUUUAGCAGAAAAACAAUUUUGAAAAUAGAAGUAGAACGAAGCUUCCGCUUCGUCUUCGUGUCCUCGUGCAGGUGAGUGAACAGCUAGGAGAAAAUGGAAAGAUGUUCAUCUGCACCCCUGCUGCUACACGCGGCGCAAAGUUAGCUGUACGCGCAACAUUAGUUGUUGUCUUCCUUGGAGAACCAGGCGACGUUUUUUUUCCCCCGGAUAUCCGAAGAAGAGAAGCAGAAGAAGCUGAUGGCGGAGGUGGCGAAAUUCAGCGAAACACGGCGAAAGAAGGAGGAGAUGGAAGCGAGAUGCAAGUUGAUGGAGAUUGAAAGUGACAACAUGAUGCAGGAGAAGGCCGCUCUGGAGGAGAAAGUGAAAGUUUUGGAGAAGGAUAAGGAGGACAUGAGUAUAAUUCAUCUACUAGAAGAUUUAUCACUCUUGUGCUGAAGCAGACCUCGGUCGUGCUUGUGCCGCGUGUCGUGCUGCUGCGUGUCGUGCUGCUGCGUUUUUAUCCUUGCGUUCGCAUGUGCAUGGGAAUUCGAAUUAUCUAGAUUUCACUCGAGAGGAACUUCUAAACUUCGCCUUUACCCUCCCCUCGUUAAGUACCGGAAUCCCUCGUUGCACUUGGCUCGCUGCCCAGUUGAUCGCUAUACUAUCACCAUUUCUACCUAGGUCGCGAGGCCGCUCGUCUGACGGACUUGCUAGACGCGGAGCGAGGCCGGUUUAAUGAGCUGCUGGACCUGAAACAAAAGAAGGCACAGGAGGACGAGGUGCAACAGAAGGAAUUGGUUCUCCGUGAGAAGCAGAUUGAGGAUUUGAAAAAAGAGCUCAAAACCGCAAAAGACGAAGCCGCAUCAGGAGAAAAAGCGGCUGCGAAGAGUGCUGCGGCAGGGGAAAGGAAACGUAUCUAUUUUAUCUUUGUUCGAGCAAGGCUCGCCCUUGUAUGCGUUUUGAAUUUCACUGAUCAUGAGGAACCCGUCUUGCAUUUUACGCGAUAAGAAGAGGAUCUCGCGCCGGCCGCGUUUCCAGUUCGUCUGUUGUUUGAGAUCCCAUCUGAAAUUUGUGUCACAUGAUGUUGAAAAUCCCACACAACUCUACCAGCGCCUCCCGCGGCCCAGAGUAAAACCAAGGCUACACACCCACACCAGCACCACCACAUGCACGCGAAAGUGCAAAAUUUUUCCGCCCAGUUGAAAGAAAUCGACGAAUUAGCGACGCCGCGAACCACGGACACACUCGAAUUGAAGAAACUGAAGGAGAAAAUCAAGUUUCUCGAGCACGCUCUCGAGGACGCGGACGCCGGUAUCAAACAGGGAAGAAUUUAUACGUAGAACAUAAUUGAACCGAAAUUUUUGUCCUCGUGCAUGUAAUCGCCGGAAUCGAAUGUGCAUGACACGGAAAUACAAGUAGCAUCAGCAUCUUCAAUCUAUGUAUCUUGUCGGCCGCCACAAGAUCCAUGCUAGCUGCAGUUCAAAAGGAACACAAGGCAGUAGGACACGUGCAACUUCUUCUAGGAGUGCUGGCCACGGCUGCUGGGUUUGGCGAGCGUUCAGAUUUCCUUUGCCUUUCGCACUGCACUUGCAUAAGGCAAUACGGAAAAUGAUCCUGUCCCAGCGUAAGUGUUUUUUUUCCCUCUUGAUACCGGAGUUAGAAGAUUUGGAGGACGAAAUCGACCAUCUGGAGGAAGCUCUGGGCCACGCACAGCAAGAAAUUGACGUCCUCAAAACCGGCACUACUAACACGUCCUCUGCGAUGAAAGCGAACCAGGGCGCUGGAGGUGCUCUCGCGAAGCCGGAGGGCGAGGCUGCGGAGGGCGAUGAAGCAGCUCCGGUGGUAGAAGUGGAGGAAGGAAAUACUGCGGCAGAAACCGACGUUGCCGGCGGCACCACAACAGGAGGGGUUGAGCAAGACCUGCCGGCGGCACCACAACAGGAGGGGUUAAAGAUGAGCACAACUGUAGCUAGUAAUGCUCCGGACGCAAGUAGUGCGAGUGCAGCAGGUGCAGUCGGCCCUGCGGAGUCUCAAGCAAGUCCUCCGACGACUACCGAUGCUGCCGCGGGGGAAGUCGAACUCGUGCAGGUGAAGCCGAAUGAGGACGAGCUGGGCACAAGAGCAUCUGCCGCAGCAGCCUCAUCCACGACCGCUCCGGCCGCCGGGGAAGCUACAGCCCCCGCAACUACAGGGGGUGGUCUUGCCGUCGAGAAGGACAAUAGUAUUGGUGCGACUACCAGCGCCGUUCCUGUCGCUGCCGCGAACGCAGAGGGAGUGGAGCAGCUGCAGCUACAAGAAAAGCCACCCGAGCUGCCUGCAGCGCCGCCGGGCGCAAGCGCCAGCGGGGCGGAACCGACGGCGGUCGCAGGCGUACCUGCGGCUUCGACGAGCUGAUGAAUGACAUAGUUAGAAGGUGGUCUUUUUUGAUGAGGUCUGAUUCUCUUGCCCGAUUUUGGAGGUUUUUUGACGAAAGUAGAUGUUGUUUGUUUUUGACAAUGAUUGUGAUUGAAAGGAAACAGCAAGACCAAAGCGUGAUUUUAGAAUGAGGAAAAGCGCCGGAAGGCACCAACACGGAAGCACCUGUCCUCAAGGAACCACCUACGGCUUUGAAGGAAGGCAACGCUGGUGUUUCUGCUCGAUCGCACCAUUUCGGCAAGAACGUUGGUUGUCUAUAGUUGAAAGAAGUAUCCACACACGCGCCGCGCCCAUCCUAGCUAG